UGUCAGCUGACGUUUUGUUGACAGUAUCGCAUCUAAUCAUAAAUCAAUCGUCCAAUAUGCUGAUGUAACUAGAAGUUGGAGUCAUAUGGCUUUUAAGCCACUCUAUUGUGUUUUUGGAAAUAUUACCAUACCCCAGCGAUAUGUUAUGGUAUUCAUGAUGCAACUAGCUUUGCUAAACGCUUACCACUUACGAGUUGUUCUGAAUAUCGCUAUAACCGAAAUGAUCAUCCCUUCAAAUCAAACCGAAGACGUGGAUGCUUGUCCAGAGUACGUUUAUGAGGCAGUGGAAAUGAUGGGAGGUAUGUUUGAUUGGCCAAGUUGGAUAGAAUCCAUGAUCCUCUAUGCAUUCUAUAUCGGUUAUAUCUUCAGUCACAUACCUGGGGGCUGGAUAGCGGACAAAUUGGGAGCGCGACAUGUCAUGGGGACUUGUAUGCUGUUAUCUAUAAUAGUUACUUUUUUGUACCCCUUGGCCAUUCAGAAGGGAGGUUAUAUAGCAGCUAUAGUUUUGAGAGUGUUUUUGGGAUUGUGCCAGGGUCCUCUGCUUCCAACUGUCUCGACUUUCAUUCAGUGCUGGGUGCCACCUGAAGAGAGAGCUUUCCUAGGCGGAAUUGCAUUCGGAGGUUCUAAUAUGGGAACUGUAACUGGAAGCAUAUUUACUGGCAUCAUAAUCAAGGAGACAAACAGCUGGAGCACGCCUUUUUACAUAUGGGGUGCAUUGAGCCUGGUGUGGUACAUAUUCUAUCUGUUCAUGGUGUUUUCGAAACCGCAGACCCAUCCGUACAUAUCAGAAAAAGAGUUGAAGCUGGUGGUAGCUACCAUAGAACCGAAGAAGGAGUUUCGUGUGCCUUGGUUGAAGAUUAGCAAAAGCCUACCAGUUUGGGCUUUGUUGGCGGGACAGUUCGCUCACAACUAUAUAUUCUUCACGUUAUUCACCAACUUACCGAAGUAUUUGAAGGAGAUUCUCAAAAUGAAUGUGGAAUCGAAUGCGGCUGCAACUGCGCUUCCGUUUUUGGCCCUUUGGAUAUCCAAUAUUGUGUUCGCUUAUAUCUCGUCAUUCCUGACGAAUCGGAACUUUCUCACUAUUAUACAAGCCAGAAAAAUGUGGACUGCCUUUUCCUUAAUAGUUCCUUCUAUCAUCCUUGUUUUAACCGUAUAUGUCGGGUGCAGUAGAGCAGCAGCUAUUACACUCUAUACUGUCGCAUUAUUUCUGGUUGGCCCUUUUUUCUCCGGGAUGAAAGUGAACGUGAACGAUUUAACGACACAUUAUGCCGGUACGAUUAUGGCUGUAGUGAAUGGAUUAGGCGCCAUAGCAGGAAUAUUGGGACCAUUCAUUGUUGGAGCUUUGACUACAAAACAUACAUUACAAGAAUGGCAUAUUGUGUUUUGGAUAAUGCUGUCAUUUUCCGUUAUUCUAUCCAUACUCUAUUGUAUAUUUGCCAAAGCAGAUCGACAAGAAUGGGAUUUUCUGGACGAAGAGCCAAUAGAGGGAACAUGAAUAUAUAAUAUGUGUAUAAUAUAUCUGGUAAUAAACAGUUUUAAACUGAAAAGAA